GAUGUUGCUGUCAGUGCUCUUCGCAAAGAAGGACAAAAGAGGCGCUACAAGGACACUCUGAAGAACUAUCUGAAGCGUCUUCAAAUCAACACGGCAACCUGGAAGGGACUCGUGCAGGACCGAUCCGCGUGGCUAAGAGCGAUUGCCGCCGCCAAGGCAAGUCGGACGGCUCGCAAGUCUCACAAUCACUGCCCAAGCUCUUCCAAACUGGCCACGCUGUCAACUCGCCUUCCGUCCAAGCAUUGGCUUGGUCAGCCACCCCCGGAAGCCGUGCGCUCCUCCUCCGAUGACCUCCACAUCUACGGCACCAAAUAA